AUGCCGACCAAGCGCAUUCUGUCCUGGUCGAAACGCCAGUCUAGUUCAGAGCCAUACUAUCGCACAGGAGGGCUGCUGGCGAUUGAAUCAGUUGAGCCUGAGCCCAAUGACUAUGAAACCAAGACCACUCUGAGAGUCGAAAAGCGGCGGCCAGCGAACCUUGCCAUCCUUCCAUCGGACGACAAGCAAAACGUCUGCAGUCCUGUCACAUCCCAGUAUAACGCAGCCGUUGUUGGUGCUGCGACCAUCCUACAUUCUUCCUCCAACGAUAUGUUGCGCUCGCCAGUACCUAGCACCAGUCCAUGCUCGAGGUCCACAUCUUUACUGCAAAAACCCCUUCCCUGUCGGCCGCGUUCUGCCUCGGUCCCUUCAAUUGCAGAGUUACCUGCCGAGCUACCUGGCUCUCUUUUGUUAGAAAACCAAGGAUUUCCAUCAUCUUCAACUCCCAUAUCUGCACGACCGACAACCCAGAUCCUUAGGAGGGAGAGUCACCCGCCCGAUAAGCACUUGAGUCACGAGAGUGUCUCUUUGGACGCGUUGGACUUGGUUCCGGCGCAAUUGAACCAUACCCGGUCCGUUCCAGAACUAAGCUCGCGAUACAGCAUAAUAAAGACCAUUCCCAGCGGUGAUGAACUUCAGUCCGCCAAAGCCACCCAAGUUGAUCUAUCAACGGAGGCCGACGGCACAUCCUCGAGUAAAGCCAGAAAGCGGAGACGUUCGAGACCGGAUCUGAUUACUUCUCUUUCAUCCACGCACGGAAAAGCCUCGAUGAACAAAGGUGGCAUGCAAAGUCCCAGUCAGAUGUGGCUUGGCCAGGGGAAGAGAGUGGGUGACCGGGAUGCUGGAAACCGCCGAUACCGUCAAAAUGAAGCAUUUUCUGCGUCCAACCCCUCAGUAACACGCAGCAGGCAUAUCGAAGAACUCAAGGCGACCAUUGCUACACAAGGUCAAACAAUCUCGAUCUUCCAAUCCCAGUCUACCAGUUUGAGAUCGUCGUGCGAGUCACGCGUUGCAAGCCUUGUAGAAUCACACUCGGCAGAAGUUGCGUCUUUGAAGAAUUACGUUCGAAUACUCGAAGAGCAGGUUAGCAAGCACGGCCUGCAUCACGCGUCAAGUAACAAUGCCCUGACUGGCCUGGACACCAUAGGAACACCGCACACGCCAACUCGAGAUACCGCACAAGUUAUAGUGGACACCGUAUCUGCCAGUCCGAUCGAACCUGAGAAUAAAGAGCAAUCGCCCCAACGCUUGGAAACCAGCCUUGAGAUGGAGAAUCUAAAGCGGAAGCUAAGCAGCACCCGCAGACCCGAAACGACAACCCGAAAUCUACUUCCCGAGCUCAACCAAUACAAACAGAACAAUGUUGCUCUUCAACAGCAAAUCGAAUCUCUGAUGGCGAAGUUGAACGAAUCAAAGAAAAGCGAAAGGGAACUUCGUAACAUACUUGGGAUGACUGAGAUGAAAUGUGCCGAGUUUGAAGAUAAGGCAACGCAUGCCGACAAGCUUGCAAAAACUACGCAAGCUCUACAGAAUACCAUAGAUCACCUUGAGAACCGUCUUGAGAUUGCGAAUACAAAGCGACUAGACACGGAAGAACAGCUUUCGAAUUUGAGAAGCGAUAAAUCACCUUUCGACUUUUCUCCUCCCAAGUCCCACCUACCAUCAAGCGCACACCAAGCAACAUUUGGUGCUUCUAUGAACACAAACACAGUCUUCCCCGGCACUUCAAUUGUCAGUUCGGAACUCGACUCUCAAGAAAAUUCAGCGUUAGCUGCAUUUGUGGCGCACAUGGAGCGCCUGCAAGAUCAAGUUAGAGAGAAGGAUCUCUACAUUGCGGAAUUGGAGAAAGAGCGACAGCAACUGCGGCAAACACACAUCCGGCUUGAACGGGAUCACAACAAAGUCGCUAUUCAUUCGGGAAUACAGAAUCAAUCACAAGAAGCACGCCGAAUAGAUACUUACAUGGAACAACUUCGAGAUGCAGUCUUGAACCGCGAAUCAUUGAUUGAAGAGAAGGAUAGGGAUCUUCGCGCUGUGGAGAGGCAGUUAGAGCAUCACAAACUCUUGUUGCAAGCAGAAAUAAGGCGACAUGCGGCAAUGAAGCUUCACAUGGCCACGGAGGAUGACUCGUUGCCUGAACUCACAUCGCUUGCCAGACGGGAAGAUAUCGAUAGGUGGAUGGACAGACUCCACGAGCGCCUGAGAAGAGAGCAGUCUAAGAAGAAGGAAAAGACUCUUACUGACACUCCGGACGUGCAGGUGGAAAGUAUGCGAAAUGAAAUCGACUUCUAUAUCCGGGAGAUCAUUCUCUUCAAGCUUGACAUCAAAGGAUAUAAAAGCGAUAUUCGAAAGCUGAAAAAGAUCACUGCGCAAAUGGAAGCUUAUGGCAGGACGGGUGGGUUGGAGUCUGAGGCGUGUUCCCUUAGGCAAACAGCUACAUCUGUGCACUUACAGUUCGCGCCACCAACGCCGGAGCUCUCCAGUACUGCCUCACCUGUCGUGGACAACAACCAUACCAGAACUACUACAGACGAUCUAGAGGAAGGUUCUGUCACUCUCUCGCCAUCAGCUCCCUCACGCAAUCUGGACUAUGUAGCUACCGUCCCAAGGAACUCGCGCGAGCUCGACAUACCGACGACAUUGCAUGGAACAACGCAUGGGGAUGACUGUACAGUAGAAAAUGACCGCAUAGACUGUGGAGUAUCUUCGUACACGGCUGGACCGCGCCCAGCGUGUAACUCCCGUAGUGCGGCAAGCUCACUACAAGCUUGUCAAUGUUCGAUUCAGCUGGACGAUAGAUGCGUCUUCUUCACAAGUAAAGCAGUGACAGAGAAGACGCGCGAGGAGCCCCGUGUGGAUUCAGGCGCAGCGCUUUCAGAUCCUGCUGCACUUUCUGGUGGAUCAGCGAACAAUAGCAAGCUCACGAUGCCCAUCCUUAGAAAUACCAAUUGGAACUACGGUACUCCGAAAGCUCGCUACCGUAAAAACGAGCUACAGCUGCGGCAGCCAAAGGGGUUCCCCAUCAAACUACUGAAGAUCACGCUCGACCGCGCUCGCGAAGAGGCAGAACUUGAGGCAGCGACCAAACGAUAUGCUGACCCUGCUUUCGAGAUCUACGAAGACUGGAAGGAAAACGACGAGCUUGAGGAGGAAGAUGACUACGAUGGCAAAGUAGAACCCGAGAGCGAGGUAGAAGAUAGCAUCGCAGAGGAUACUCUAGACGAUUUCGCCUACGGCAACGCAGACGUCAGCGAUGCUUCCGCUGAGUUUCCAACUUCCAGAGUCAUUCCUGAGAAGCCUACUGCACUUGUUGACAGUCUUGGACGUACCCGCGCAGCUACAAGCCGACGAAAGGCUCAGGAAGUUUCUGACUCUAUUAUAUCGCUAGGAGUCUCACGUCAAGGCAGCGGGAGUACAACAGUUGACAACAAGAAACGCAAGCAUACAAACACGCAGAAGGCCAAACAACCGAGGAAGACACUGCCGAAGAAGCACUCUGCAUUCCGCUUUGGAAAUAUCGCGACACCAGAACCUAACAAUCUUCCUGAGUCAGUCUAUGUUACUGCUGCUACUGUCACGAUGACUUCCGAGACACAGAGAGCUCUUCUACAAGUAUGGGCCAACGAUAUUGGUCAUGUCGUGGAUCUCAACAACUCACCCAAAGCCGAGUUCGCGCGCUUGGGAAAAGCGAAAGGAUGGAUAGGUGGAGGUCCGGAUUGGUGCUGUCAUUGGGAAAAGUGUUUCAGCGAGACAUACUCGUGGGGAGUUCACAACAGACCAACAACAACGGGUCCGACUGUAGAUGCGGAUCUGGCCAGUCAGACUGAUACCCCCAAUCUCACCAAUCACAUGCGAAAGCUCUCUGUCAAUUCGGAUGCGUCAUCUUUCUCAGUCAUUUCUCGCACUUCGAGGGCAAACUCUUUUGGUAGUGUAAGGUCGCUAUGCAGUGAUCGGUCCGGCGACGGCGGAUAUCUUCGAAUUUCCGUUGGCUCAUUGUCUCAAUCAAUCGCGGACUCACAGUGCACCGUUUUAUCUCUCAACACAGUCAAGUCUCUAGAUGAGCUUCCUGGUGGCGUUGAAAUUCUCAACUACGACCAGAGUAUCUCCACGGAUACAGCUACAGACGACGGUGAUGCCAGUUCGAACACUUCAGGUGGGGAAAACCCGGUAUGGAAUGAGUUCACCGACUUCGUGCACCACCCAAAUGCUCCCUUCAAGGAGGAAUUCGAACGUCUGGCUCGCAUCAAAGGUUGGGAUCAACGAACCAAACGUCAGAAUCUGAUCAGGUUGCUUCGCACUGAAGUCGAGUUCUACUGGAGUUCAAACGAUGUCGGUAAAUUAAAGUGUUAUCAGUACUUAUGUCGAGAGAUGGGUAUUGAGCACAUCCCAUGUACUGUUACGCAAGCCAGGAAGACGCUUCGUCCCCUCAAGGUCAACCUCUACAGUGUCAUUGACCACAUGCGCAACCCAAAGACCAGGAUUAUCACAUAUAAGACUAUGCGCGAGCUUCGUCUAAGCGUUCGCAAGAUAGGCACGUUCCCAAGAGAUUGCGCCAAAGCAGGCGGAGGUUAUAUGGCCGCUCUGCUGUCUAAGCUGUAG